CUCAGCCAUAGGGCGGGGCUCAGUGAGGCGGGAUGGAGGCUGGCGCCGGGGAACCCGCGGAGGUGCUUCCAGGGGACCACAGCGCGCGAGACCAGGCCAGGCGUCAAAGCAAGUCACCCAUCCGAUCCAAACCCCUCUAAGAGCCUGGGGUCACGUGUCCCUCCGGGGAUCCUCGUGAGAUCUCGGGGGUCCCACCGCCCUGCGAGCCGCGCCCGCGCCCCGCCAGACCCGGAACUGCAUCUCUAGGCCGGGAGAGGGAGGCGGCGCCGCAGAGCCUCGGUGCAGUCUGAGAAGUUUGGGAGUGACUUGAAGAGUGACUGGAAGCACCCCAGACCCGGUUUGUCCGGUCACAGCCGGGUCCUUACGUGAGUUAGGAGAGGAGUGGGGGUCGGACAGGAGCCCCCACUGAGAGUAAGGUCGUGUGUUUGUUCACAGAACGUCGGGACCUGGUUCCCUCUUUACUCACAUCCCCGGGGGCGCUUCGAGUGAGGUUCCACGGGAGAAGCAUCGCCUCCCCUGCACAACCUCACCAAGAUGGCUGCUUUGGGACACACGUUCCCCUUCUAUGCUGGCCCCAAGCCAACCUUCCCAAUGGACGCCACUUCGGCCACCAUCAUCAUGAUCUUUCUGACUGCACUGGCCACUUUCAUCGUCAUCCUGCCUGGCAUUCGGGGAAAGACGAGGCUGUUCUGGCUGCUGCGGGUGGUGACCGGCUUAUUCAUCGGGGCUGCGAUCCUGGCUGUGAAUUUCAGUUCUGAGUGGUCUGUGGGCCAGGUCAGCACCAACACAUCAUACAAGGCCUUCAGUUCUGCGUGGAUCAGCGCUGAUAUUGGGCUGCAGGUCGGGCUGGGUGGAGUCAACAUCACGCUCAGAGGGACCCCUGUGCAGCAGCUGAAUGAGACCAUCAAUUACAAUGAGGAGUUCACCUGGCGCCUGGGCGAGAACUAUGCUGAGGAGUAUACAAAGGCUAUGGAGAAGGGGCUGCCAGACCCUGUGCUGUACCUAGCCGAGAAGUUCACUCCAAGAAGCCCAUGUGGCCUGUACCGCCAGUACCACCUGGCAGGGCACUAUGCCUCGGCCAUGCUGUGGGUGGCAUUCCUCUGCUGGCUGCUGGCCAAUGUGAUGCUCUCCAUGCCUGUGCUGGUAUACGGUGGCUACAUGCUAUUGGCCACGGGCAUCUUCCAGCUGUUGGCUCUGCUCUUCUUCUCCAUGGCCACAUCACUUACCCCGCCAUGUCCCCUGCACCUGGGCGCUUCUGUGCUGCAUACUCACCAUGGGCCUGCCUUCUGGAUCACAUUGACCACAGGAUUGCUGUGUGUGCUGCUGGGCCUGGCUAUGGUGGUGGCCCACAGGAUGCAGCCUCACAGGCUGAAGGCUUUCUUCAACCAGAGUGUGGAUGAAGACCCCAUGCUGGAGUGGAGUCCUGAGGAAGGUGGACUCCUGAGCCCCCGCUACCGGUCCGUGGCCGACAGUCCUGAGCCCCAGGACAUUCCCCUAUCAGAGGCUUCCUCCACCAAGGCAUACUGUAAGGAGGCACACCCCGAAGAUCCUGACUGUGCUCUGUAACAUUCCUCCCCGUGGAGGCCAGCUGGACUUCCAGUCUGGCUCCAAACCUCAUUGGAGCCCCAUAAAACCAGCAGAACUGCCCUCAGCUUGGCUGGUACCAGACCCCCAGCACCAAUCUGCAGAUGGAGUAGAAAAAGGAGGCUGUACAUACUGAUGUUAAAAAACAAAACGAAAAAGCCCUAAGGGGCUGAAGAGAUGCUGGACCUGUCCAUAAAGCUUGUUGCCAUGAUAAGGCCAAGCAGGGGCUAUCUCAUCUCUGCACAGCAACCCAGCCUUUCCGUGAUGCCUUGCCUCUUCAAGAUGCUAUUCACUGAAACCUAACUUCACCCCCCUAACACCGGCAGGGUGGGGGUUACAUAUGAUUCUCCUAUGAUUUCCUCUCAUCCCUCGGCACCUCUUGUUUUCCUUUUUCCUGGGUUCCUUUUGUUCUUCCUUUACUUCCCCAGCUUGUGUGGCCUCUUGGUACAAUGAAAGACAGCACUGGAAAGGAGAGGAAACCAAACUUCUCAUCCUAGGUCUAACAUUAACCAGCUAUGUCACAUUCUCUUUGAGCUUCAGUUCCCAAAUGUGCUAAAUAAGAUUGCAGGACUUGCCCAGAAUCUCGGGAUUUAUAUUUCUAUGCCUUGCUGACACCUGCCUUGGCCCUCAGACACCACCUCACAAGAAGUCAGGUAGGAAGUUAGUGAAUCAGCUGCAAAACGCUAUUCCUUCCCACCCCACUCAGCUGGGCUAGCUGAGUGGCAUCCAGGACGGGGAGUGGGUGACCUGCCUCAUCACUGCCACCUAAUGUCCACCUGGGGUGGCUCAGAAAGAUGCUGUCCCUGGUAGGGUACCUCCGGCCUCACUAGAGGGCACCCCUAUUACUCUGGAGUCUCUAGACGAAGAGAAUCCGGUUUCACAGCACAGCGGAGAGUGUACUACGCUGUCUCCAGCCCAGCGAAGCUCCUGAGGGCGUGCGACCCCGGAGCGGAGAAGUCAUGAAAAUUAAUGGGAAAAAAAAAGUGUUUAAAAAACAAAAGAAAAAACAAGUUUAUUUACAGCUUGCCCCAGGAGACUUUCCCUGGUGCCUGCGGAUGUCCGGACGUACGAGGCCUCGCGCCAGCAGCGCACAGUGCCCUUCCCGGAGCUCUCCUGCUUCCCGGCCUGCCAGGUCCCAAGGCGGGGAAGGAGUCCAGAUUGGGUCCCCCUCACAGGUUAGUGGUGAUGAAUUUUAAGUCCGGGAGCGCGGCCUGCUCGUGCAGUGGGUUGCCGAGGAUAAGAGGUGAGCCCCCUUUCGCCUGGCUGCAGUCCUUGGCGCUUUGGUCCAGAAGGGUGCGAAGAGCACUGGGCCGAACGUAGUGGAGACUCACCACCGCCCCUCCGAGGAAGAGGCACAGGAUGCCUGUGGCGGCGGGGACCGAUAGAAAGGGGGGCAUGUGGAGUCAGGGCUAUGUUGCCUAGGCUGGUCUCGAACUCCUGGCCUCAAGCGACCUUCCUGCCUUGACCUCCCGAAGUGCUGGCAUUACAGGCUUGAGCCACCAUGCCUGGCCCCUCUUCAAUCUUUGGAGCCUACCCUUGUGUUACCUCCCCCGGCCCCACACACACCUCUAAUCUGGAUUACAUGAAACAGCAAGACACCCACCCCUUCUAAGACCCCCUCUUUUCAUCUGUAAAAUGGUCAUAACAGUGCCUGUUUCUGUGAACUAUUGAGGGGCAAAUCAGAUAAUAGAUGUGAAUUCAUUCUGUAAACUGGAAA